AAAAAAGUUCUUAUAGUUUUGACUUCAGUUUCAUCAUCAAGGCUGGGAGCAAAGAGAGAUGUGCGGAACGAACACUGAUCUGGAAAAUAAAGGUGGUGGAAGUGUCAACCAGUUAGGAGGAAUGUUUCUCAACGGAAGACCGCUCCCACAACCCAAGAGACGAAAAAUGAUUCAGCUGGCCUUGGAGGGAGUCCGUCCAAGCCAGAUCUCCAGGAUACUCAGGGUGUCCAACGGGUGCGUCAGUAAGAUCCUGAGCCGCUACCGGCGCACAGGACUCCUGGAACCCAAGACCAUCGGUGGGAGCCGCCCCCGACUUCUCACCCCCGGUGUCAUCUCCACGAUCAUCCAGUGCAAAAGGGAAAAUCCGACUAUUUUUGCUUGGGAAAUCCGAAAACGUCUCGCAGCGGCGCGGAUAUGCAAGGCCUCCAACGUCCCCAGCGUGUCGUCCAUAAAUAGGAUUUUAAGAAAGAUCCACUUGGACCGCGGAUCAUCGUGGAUGGACCUCAACGCUGAUGUCAGGGUUGAGCAGGAUUUGUAUUCUCUGGCUCAAGAAGAAGCAAAGAAGUUUGAGAAGUUUGAGACAGGGUGCAGUAAAAAACAGAAAUCCAAAGGUGUGCAGCACAGAAUCCGCACCACCUUUACGCCAGAGCAGAGCAGAGCACUUGAGCAAGAAUUCUCUCGCAGCCAGUAUGCUGACAUGUACACAAGAGAGAAGCUAUCUGCUGAAAUUAAACUUCCCGAGGACACCAUCAAGGUCUGGUUUUCUAACAGACGUGCUAAAUGGAGAAGAGAAGCCAAGCAGAGAGGUAGUACGCAGACAGCUGAAGACUUUGAAAAGCAAAGUGACUUUGUUCCUGUGAAUCCAACAAUGACAUACAGCUUCACAUCUCAACAGGCAACUGGAAUGGCAAAAGUCAAUGCGGACAGCUCCUCGUACAGCACUGUUGCAAGGAAGCUGCAAAAUUGCUGCUUCUUCCCAACAGAAACAGCCGUGAGGAAUUCUGAAUGUCCGACAUCCUCAUUUCCCCAUCUGCCGAGUGACAUGCAAAACAUAGACAAAACUCCUCUGGAUCUCCACAGAGAUGGAUACAGUUUUCCACUGGUUCCCCACCACACAGACAUGAGGAGAACCUGCCCUUUGGCAACAAAGACAGGGGGGGCAGACUGCCCUGUGAUUCAACAGUGGAACCAGCAGGGAAUGCCGUUUACCUGGAGUCAGUUUCAAACAAAUGAGCAGUUUCUGUUGGUCCCGGAUGUGAAUCAGCAUCUCUACAUGGACUGAUAAUGAGACCAGUGGAUCAGCGGGAAGAGCUUUUGACUGCUGCUUAAUUGCUCGACUGAAGGGACACUUUUCAACCAGUAGAGGGAGACAAAGUAUGGACCCAACAAUUUUGUCCUUUCCACCCUUUGCCUCUUAAUUGCACUGCAGCUCGACUCAUCACUUUUCCUUAGGUCUGUGCUGUUAGCAUGCAAUGUAAUUUUUGAUUGGUAAGAUAAUUAAAUUAAUUCACUAAACCCAUUUGCAAUGAAGCAAACUUAAUGUGACUUUAUAGCACCAGAAGGGAUGAGAAAAUA